UUUCUGCCUUGCUUCUCCGUCUUCAAUUGAGAACUGAGAAGGGCCCUUAUCAUAUUUACAGUCUUGAUUCAUCUUACAUGUUGAUGAGCUUGCCGCUUACGGGUCACAAAACAACCCGUCAUCACCCCUGCAGCUUGCAAGUUGUUGCAGCAUAUAGAUCUGCAAGAUCCAAAAGUGCAUUUCUGAUCUCAAAAAGUUUAGAAAGCGAAUAUGGAUUCUGAUUCUGAGACAGUGGUGCACACUGGAGGAUGCCAUUGCAAGCGUGUGACAUGGAAAGCAGUAGCUUCUUCUAGUGUUGUGGCAUGGGAUUGUAAUUGUUCUGACUGCUACAUGAGAGCCAAUACACACUUCGUCGUGCCAGCUGAAAGAUUUGAGCUUUUGGGGGAUUCAGAGAAGUUCCUCACAACUUACACCUUUGGCACUCACACUGCAAAGCAUACAUUCUGCAAGGUCUGUGGUAUAACCUCAUUCUAUUACCCACGCUCAAACCCAGAUGGGGUUGCUGUUUCAUUCAGGUGUGUUGACCCUGGCACGCUCAAGAGUGUUGAAAUCAGGCGUUUUGAUGGAAGGAAUUGGGAAAGCUCAUAUCAUCAAUCUGGUAUCUCUUCGUGUUCAAAGGUGCAGAAGUAACUCUUUGUUACUCAAUCAGUUGUGGAUUGUAUUCUAUUCCCUGUUGCUGCCAAGAUUUUGUAUGCAUGGUUGUAACAAAAAUAACAGGAUCGCUUAAGGUCGGUCAAGGGUGUAGGGGUAUCUAUCCUGGUCUGAGAAUCUUCCCCUUCCUUGGCACACACUUGUUACCUUUUCAGUUUAGCAUCUUGACGAGGAUUGUGUUCACAAACAAGAUUCCCUCACCCAUUUGAUUGGUAAACUCUCUUUGCAGAAUCCUUAUAAUUCAAUGAAUGGUUGGAACUCGU